AUGGUAGACAUGCAAGAGGUUUUGGCGAGGCAAGAGCGAGAAACUAGAGAAAGAAUGUGUACAAGAGCUGCAAGCAAAAGGGAGCAUAGAGAACUAGAUAAGCAACUUGGCAUAGUAGUGGCUUUGCUUGAUGUAGAAAACCAGAGCCAUCGUGGUUCACGAGAAGGCCGUGGCUCGAAUGUGGACAAACAUAGACAUUCUCGGGUCAUGCAUGAUAUUUGCAAUUAUGAUAAAUACUUUGUGCAAAAGAAAAAUGCUGUUGAAAAUUUGGGACUUCUUCCCGAGCAAAAGUUCACAACUGUGAUAUGA